AUGGAAUCUACUUUCACCCUGUUUGACCAGUGGACGACGAGUAUGGGCCGCCCUAGAUGCAAAUCGAAAACAAUCUUCUUGAUCACCAACGGCCACAUCAUUUGUGGGCCAUGCGUCUGUCGAGGAUUCGAGAUGUGCAAAGAUUACAACGAAAGCGAGGAACAAUGCUGGGAAGAGACUAAUCGCCAAUAUCAAAGGAAGAUCGAGGAACUAAAGCGAAAGUACCAAGAUGUCAAUGUCGUCGUUGCGACUCCGAAUGAAAAACCCUGUGGAAGGCCUUUCGGAAGUGAUCUUCAAUUGGCUAAUGAACGGUUCUCCGAAGAUUGUUUCAACGAAGAUAAUGUCAUUGGCUUGAGCAAGUGGCGACGCAGCUGUUAUGACAGAGCGCUUAAUAACAGAGCCGCUGACUGUCCUCCAGAAGUAAUUUCGUCUCCACGAUCCGUAAGCUGGCAUAAAACUAGCAGCUCAUUCGUCGAUUUUGUCGCGCAAACUUCUCGAACUGGUUGUUCUGUCGAUGAUCUCUCACAUGAAUGUGAAUGUGACAUCGAAGUGCGAGUUCGCGCGGGCACUCCGACAUUUGAAGAUGGUUGCUGCGGACCACGCGGUGGACCAGGUCUACCAGGUCUCCGCGGUCCCAAUGGCCCAAAAGGACCUAACGGGUCUCCUGGUGGAGAGGGUAUUCAAGGCGAUUGCGGUCCACCUGGACCAAAAGGAAGUGUUGGACUACCAGGACCUGACGGAUCAAACGGACCACGCGGUGCUGCUGGAACUCCCGGUCAACCUGGCCAACCUGGCGGAGCUGGUCUUCCAGGCCAACGAGGAAAAGAUGGACUUCGAGGAAACAACGGACUUCCUGGUCAGCCUGGCCUUCCGGGCGCCGCUGGACUCCCAGGUUUACCUGGAAACCAAGGACCAAGAGGUUUCCCUGGACCAGAUGGACCUGACGGACCACAAGGUAGCGCUGGUUCCGCUGGAACUGGUAUCGACAGCGUCAGAUACUACGAAGCGUAUGUUCGAAAGUUGAGACAAACCGUUAUCCGUAGUCUGCAGCGAGAUGGUCAAAACUCAGUUUUCUUCAAGCAGCUUCGCAAUAUUCUCCAAGAAGAGAAGAACCGUGUUUGCAAGUGCGGAUGUGAUUUUGAUACCGACAACUACGGCACAUGCAAGGCUAACUUCAGCCCACGAUACAACCCAGUAGUUUCUCCACGAUACAGCACCUGCGAAGUCCAGAGACCUCCUUUCAUCGGAUAUCCAGAGACCAGCUAUCCCCCUGUGAAUCAGGAAGGGAAAGGAUUCUUGAGAAUCAAUAAGAAUCUCGAGGACAGAAUGAUGGUUGUGGACAACAAUGAAACCAACGGUGUAAACGUCCGGUCAAUGCCUCCCGUGAUGGGUCACAGCGCAGGUCCGAAAGUUAUUCGACGACGUCGCAAGGACCAUUAA